AGUGGCGGCGGCUGGAAGGUUCUUGUCCAGCUCCCGCAGCUCUUGCUUGUGAACUUUGCUGACAUGAUGGGGACGGACAGUAAAGUGGUCUGUGGCCAGGUACAAACAGUCGCUCUCUCAGAGUGUGAGUCGGACUUCCCCGGUCAGCCGUACUCUGUGUCCGUCCUUAAAACCGGAUACUGUGUCUCUCAGACCGACGGGACGUUCAAAGCCGAUGGGACCAUCACCCUCAUAACAGGGCCCAGGACUAUUUUGGUGGACACCGGGGGACCGUGGGACCGGGAUUUUCUCCUAAUGAAAUUGAAAGAGAGAGGUCUGGCACCGGGAGACAUUAACUUGGUCGUGGGGACUCACGGGCAUUCAGACCACAUAGGAAACCUGAGUCUUUUUCCAUCAGCGGUGGUGAUUGUAGGAUAUGAUAUCAGUGAGGGGGACACAUACCGUCCCAACAAGCUGGCAGAGGGACAUGCUUACACUAUUGAUGAGCAUGUGUCUGUAGUUCCCAGUCCAGGCCACUCCGGACAAGAUGUCAGCGUCCUGGUGAAGGGAACCUCAGCGGGCACGGUGCUUGUUGCAGGGGACUUAUUUGAGCGCUGUUCAGAUGAGGACAGCUGGCGCGAUCAGAGUAUGAACACUUCAGUUCAGGAGGUCAGCCGCCAGGAGGCGCUACGCAUUGUUGAUGUCAUCAUACCAGGACACGGACUCCCGUUUAAAGUCCUCAGGAACCGAUGAACCCCAGAGCUCAAUGCUGGUAUGUGAGGAAGUGACUUGAUUGACUGCAGGUUGAGUUUUACAACUUAACGAGAGCAUAAUGUCAUCAUACUUGACUGUUUUUCCACAGUCUGCUUACUGAUUAACACAUCUUCACGUAGAGAAGAGCAGCUCCGCGUUUACCAACCAGCUCAUAUGGCUGUACAGACAAAAAGAAAAACUUGUAAGAGAUUUGUAAUUAUAAUUAAAAUUUCACUUACAAUACA